UGCAUUUCACACCUACAAUUUGUCUUUUGUGGUAUUCUCGUUGUUUUCGCGUUUUCCAGCAUUUUUAUCCAUCGUGACUGUCAAAUAUGCUACGUCUAUCACAACUCUUCAGCCUACAAGCCUCUACGCGAUUAACAGCCCUCGCCACGGUCGCGUCCCUCACACUCACACAAACCGCUUACUCCCAAACGACGAGUAGCUGCAAUCCGACACAACAAUACAGCUGUCCUGCUGAUCCGGCACUCUCCAAGUCGGUCAAUGUCGAUUUUACCUCUGGCGAAUCGGAUCAGUUUACAGCGUCUGGCUUACCGACAUACGAUUCGAAUGGCGCAUCAUUCACGGUUGCCCAGUCAGGCGAUGCACCUAUGCUUACAUCGAAUUGGUACAUCAUGUUUGGAAAAGUCGAGGUAAAGAUGAAGGCAGCUCCAGGCAAAGGCAUAGUCAGCAGCUGUGUUUUACAAUCAGACGACCUGGACGAGAUCGAUUGGGAAUGGGUCGGGAAUCAGCAAGACCAAGUACAGUCAAUAUACUUCAGGAAAGGAGAUGCUUCGACUUCUGGCCGCGGCGCAGCCUUCCACAUGGACAAUCCUACAGAAGACUUCCACACCUACACCAUCGAUUGGACAUCCACAGAACUGGUCUGGCAGGUGGAUGGGAAGACACAACGUGCCCUCAAAUCUACCGAUGCUGGUGAUCAGUACCCUCAAACGCCCAUGCUGGUCAAGCUUGGUAUCUGGAGUGGUGGUGACUCGUCGAAUGCUCCCGGCACCAUUGCUUGGGCAGGAGGCAACACGGAUUACUCGGCAGGGCCGUACACGAUGGUGGUUCAAUCGAUUGCUGUCACAGACUAUUCGACCGGCAAGUCUUACUCAUACUCGGACCAGACUGGAAGCUGGACCAGUAUCAAAGCGGCCGGAGGGUUCAUCAAUGGAGGUUCGACCAAUGUUGACACUUCGGCACCUGCUAUCACUUCGGUCGUCAGCGGUGCCGUUCCGUUUGAAGGAACUCAUCGAACCUCGACUUCGGUCUCGACCCCAGGUAUCGGCAACUGGAGAGCCACAGCAUCCGGCAUGACCAGCACGGUAGCCACCACGUACCCCGGAUUGCCCAGCGGAUGGACAGUAAACGGUUCAGGCAAGGUAGUGCCCCCAAGCAAAGCCACCACAGUUUCGAUACCCCUUCGUAUGCUUCUCCUCAUCAGCUGCAGUCUUUCUUUGGGUUUAGCCAUGGGCUUCCUCUUGUGAAGACUCUGCCCAGAGACCCCGCUUCCUGACGGAACAACUCGCGACUCUUGCAAUUCCUAUUUGAUAAUAUUCGUAAUAGAAUGUCCCAUUUCGAGAAAAGGCAACGAAUAGACCCCCCGUCGCUCCACGAAAGCCGUUUGCCCCGCAAAUGAGGAGCGAGGGGGAGGAGCCAUGUGAGCAGUCCUGGGGAAUAAAACCACUUCGUCUUAUGGCGUAAACUUGGCUAGAGUCAAACUAUGACUAAAAAUACGUAACAGUGUAUGCAAUUAUGAGCACUUUGAAGAGCUAGAGCCAGGGUGCCUGAACGGAUCGGAUGAUGAGGGACAUGAUUGUAGAAGACAGA